UUUGGGGGAGGGUCGGGAGAUAAAGGAGAGAUGUUCCACCCCUCUCCCCAGGCCCCCCUCUGGAAGGGGGGCUGACGCAUGCAAAGUGCGGCCUGGUCCCCAUUGCAAAGAUCCUGUGUCGGAAUCGCGUAUUUGCCAUUUGCCGAGUGCACCUUUUUUGCGCAGUUAAAGAGGCGGCCCGGUGUGCGGUUUGCCGAGCAGGAUGUGCAGAAGUCCGUUGCGAGGCAUCCUGGGUCCCCAGGGGGACGCGCAACUCAGGAAGGGGGUCUUGGUGCGGCGCGGGUCGGCGAGACACAGGAAGCCGCCUUACGCUGAGUCCGUCUAGCUCAGUGUUGCGUACACUGACUGGCAGCGGCUCUCCAGGGGGCGUUUCCCAGCCCUGUCUGUCUGCACGGCGCGUCUGAAUGGCCGGAAAGCGCAGGAGGGGAGAGCGCUGCUCUUUGCGCUCAGGUUGCGCGUAAAGGGCACGUGGUUGGCGCUGUGAGGAGAGGAGGCCGGGCUGGAUGCGCCCCUUUUGGCUCUUCUUAGGUACCUGAGGAUUGAACCCGGGGCCUUCUGCGUGCAAGGCAGGUGCUCUGUCACUCAGCUGCUACUGCUCUGCCUUCGGGAUAGCUGUGCUCCUUUCGUGGCCCAGAGCUGGGAGGGGGGAGAGAUGUGUCUGGUCAGUUUCCCUCCUGCGGAAAAGGGGAGGAGGUGGGGAUUUGAAACUGACCAGCCUCUUGUUAUGGGCGUGUUAUGUGCCUCCAAGUGGACUACUACUUAUGGCGACCCUAUGAAUCAGUGACCUCCGGUAGUGUCUCUCAUGAAACACCCUGUUCAGAUCUUGCACUUGGGAGCUGCCCCCGACUUGAAAGUGCAUCGUGGUAACGACUGUGAGAGUCCCAGAGACGCCCAAGUUUAUGCUUCCUCCAUCUCCUCCACAGGAAGCGCAAUGACAUCAGAGGUACCAUCUGGACCAUCUCUUCCUUGGGGUAGAGUGGAGAGAGCAGCCAGGAAGGCACUUCAGAUUCUGUUGACCUUUGAGGAGGUGGCCGUGUACUUCACGGAGGAGGAGUGGGCCCUGCUGGAUCCGGGCCAAAGGGCUCUGCACAGGGAAGUCAUGGGGGAGAAUUAUGAGAUGGUGGCCUCUCUCAAAUCUGACCUUGGUUCCUGUUGGGAAGGAUGGGAAGAUCCAUUUAUCCAGGAUCCCAAAGAAGAGGAGGAAACAGCAGAUGAUGAACAGCACAGUGAAAAUUACAGGGAGCCGCAGAUGGUGUCACUGGCAACAGGCAAGCAUGAAGCAGGAAAAGAAAUGAUUGGAAAUGAAAGAGGACAGAAAAGGUGUGAAGGAAACGUGUCAAAGAAUUGGAGAAAGAAAUCAUCUACUUCCAAAGGUGAUGGCACCCAUAAGCCUCUGACGCUACAGGGAGAUCACAAAAGAAAAAGCAGGAAAAUGUAUCCAGUGAUUGUGGAAGCUUUCAGAGAUAUAUCAGAUCUAAAUAGGGAUUACAGAAUCCAUGAAGGGGAGAAACGAUAUAAAUGCAUGGAGUGUGGGAAGAGCUUUAAUGUGAGUGGCAGCCUUACUAAACAUCAAAGAACGCACACAGGGGAGAAACCAUUUAAAUGCAUGGAGUGUGGAAAAGGCUUUAGUAUGAGUGGUAACCUUACUAAACAUCAAAGAACCCACACAGGGGAGAAACCAUUUAAAUGCAUGGAAUGUGGAAAAUGCUUUAGUGUGAGCUGCAGUCUUACUGCACAUCAAAGAACUCACACAGGGGAGAAACCAUUUAAAUGCAUGGAGUGUGGACACAGCUUUAGUGUCAUCUGUAACCUUAUUAAACAUCAAAGAACACAUACUGGGGAUAAACCAUUUAAAUGUAUGGAAUGUGGAAAGAGCUUUACUGGAAGUGGUAACCUUACUAAACAUCAACGAACCCACACAGGGGAGAAACCAUUUGAAUGCAUAGAGUGUGGAAAGAGCUUUAGUAUGAGCAGUAGCCUUACUGCACAUCAGAGAACCCACACAGGAGAGAAACCAUUUAAAUGCAUGGAAUGUGGAAAGAGCUUCAGUGUGAGAAAUCAUCUUAAUAAUCACCACAGAACUCACACAGGGGAGAAACCAUUUAAAUGCAUGGAAUGUGGAAAGAGCUUCAGUGUGAAAGAUCAGCUUAUUAAACAUCAAAAAACACACAGCACAGAGAAACCAUUUAAAUGCAUGGUUUGUGGAAAGAGCUUCCGAGUGAGCAGUAGCCUCACUCUACACCAAAGAACACACACAGGGGAGAAGCCAUUUAAAUGCAUGGAAUGUGGCAAGAGUUUCAGUGUGAGGUGUCAUCUUACUAGUCAUCAAAGGACCCAUACCGGGGAGAAACCCUAUAAAUGCAUGGAGUGUGGAAAGAGCUUCACUGUGAGUAGUAGCCUUAUUUUACAUCAAAGAACCCACACAGGGGAGAAACCAUUUAAAUGCAUGGAGUGUGGAAAGAGCUUCAGUGAAAAUGGAACACUUACUAAACAUCAAAGAACUCAUAAAGGAGUGAAGCCAUAUAAAUGUAUGAAUUGUGGAAAGAGCUUCGGUGUGAGCAGUAGCCUUACUGUGCAUCUGAGAAUCCACACAGGGGAAAAACCCUAUAAGUGUAUGGAAUGUGGAAAGAGCUUCAGUCAGAGUAGUAACCUUACUUCACAUGAAAGAAUCCACAUAGGGAGAAACAAUAGAAAAUCAAUGGAUUUUCAAUGGAGUAUGGAAAGCGUUUCAGUGACAAGAUAAGUCUUACUGUACAAGAAAAAACCCACAUAGGAAAGAGUAGAAAUCAACAGAGGGCAAAAAGUCUUGUGGCACCUGGAAAUGUAACACAUUUAUUAGUUUUCCUUGCCUUGAGUCUGCUUCAUCAGAUGCAAAUCAAGUGUUUAUCAGAAAAAGACAUAAACAGUGAGGUUUUAUGGAAGUAAACAAUGUAUUUUAUGGCUUUAUGUAUUAUAAAAUGCAAUGUAAGAUAUAUAAUGUAUACAGUCUGCAUCUGCAUUGGAACUGUUUUUUAGAUGUUUUAAUUGUUUAAUCACUGGUGUGUUUGCUGCUUAGGGCUCUUUUGGGAGGAAGAACAGGAUAUGAAUGUAAUAAUUAAUAAUAAUGAUGAUAAUGAUAACGCUUAAAUUUAUGCAGUUGACCCCUGUUUGCCACCCUGCGCUCCUUCUGGGAGGAAGGGAAGGAUAGAAAUUUAUGAUUAUUAUUACUACCAUCUGCAGUGGAAUAUAAAACCAUUAUCACAAUUCAAGCUAAAAUUGUUAGAUAAUGACCACCUUGAUACGUUGUCAUCAGGGCCAAGCAUUUUGCUGUGUAAAGUCCAUGUAGAGGAGCCAGGUAAUAUGGCACUUGAAUCCUACUCUGGUGAGGUGAAUGCAUCCUAUACGCUCCUGAGGCAGCAGGCCAGAUUAGGAGGCUCAAGACAGGCAGUGUAGCAAGAGAGGGGAAUGGCUUCAGAUUUCAAGAGGAACAGGCAGAAGGUGCUUCUGAUGUCCCCCAGAAUCUCCUGUCUGAUGCAGUCAGUUCACUGGGCCACCCUUGAGAGUUGUGAUGCUGUCCUGCUGGUUUCUGAAUAUUGCUGUUUAGUCUCAGAUAAAGGAAACACUUUGUCCAAACAUCUUUUGGUGAACCCUUCCCCCUUCCAAUAUUUUAGUUUAGAGAAAACGUGAGUAAUGUGGGGGACAUAGUAGAGGUGUAUAAAAUUACGCACUGUGUGGAGAAAGUGGAUAGGAGAAGGGGACACCACAACUUGGGGACAUCCAAUGAAGCUGAAUGGAAGAUUCAGGACAAUAUUUCUUACACAGUGCAUAGUUAAAUGAUGUAGUAAUGGCUUUGAAAGAAGAUUAGACGAAUUUAUAGAGGAUAAGGCUAUCAGUGCCUACUCUCCAUGUUGGCUAUCUUCUCCCUCCAAUGUAAUUCCUCUGAAUACUUUUUGGAAAAGGUUUUGGGAUGUUGCGGAGCAGAGAGAAGAUUUAAUAUUCUUCAGUGGAUCCAUCUUAGUUUCAUGUUUUUUUCCUGAUGGCUUUUUAUGGUGUAACUUGCCUCUUCUCUGGAAGAUACACGAAGAGCAGACAACUUUGCUUUCAUCUUUAGCUCAGCUAAUUUCCUGUUUGGAUUUUCCUGGAUCUUAGAUCCUGGACAUCAGACUAAUCUAUGGUCUUACCUGCAUUUUGGACCAUAAGAGCCUAUUCCCUGGAUUUCCCCCUGGGUUGAUAGAUGUGAACUUCUAUCAAGCGAAAAUGCCAUACAGUUAGAACAACUGGAAAUAGAGGAAGCUUUAAAUUGGAGGACCCUGGAGUUAUAGCUGGGUGAAUACACACAGGUAGCAAUGGUUCAUGUUAAUCUUGCAUGUUAUAAUCCUUGUAUGUGAUGGUCACUUUACUGUUUUCCAUGUUGUUUCUCAUGCAGUCAUUGCAACCUAAUGGUUCUUAGGUGUAACGUGAUAUUGAUUUCCCUUUGAUACUCUUGGUGAAUGAUGCUUACAUGAAAUGAUGCUUAUGCUUUUCAUAAACUGAAAUGCAUUCAUGGUCUGCUGCUGUUGUAUUUUAAAUAAAUGUUUGAAACGGA